UCCGCUGCGUCAGCGAAGUUUUGUUUGGCGCUCGAUGUAAAAUUUUCUUUGACAAGAGUGUACUCGUUAUGUUUACGUCUGCUUGUUACCGUAAACUAUUGUUUGUGGCAGAUUAUGGAUCUUUUGCUAAAACAGUUUGGAAGUCUGAGCAGUGCGGAGGUUGUAUGGCUGGAGGACCUGUACUCAUUUACCCAGAAACAUCUACUUCCUGUUGCGAGAAAUGCUGGAGCUGAGCUUCCAGUUGCACUACUAAGCUUGGUACAGGAGCUAGUGAACCAAAAUACAGCUAGCAAAGAAGGUGGAUCAGUCUUACCUAUCAGCUAUAGAUUCAUCUCCGUUUCUGAGCUUAUACAUGUGCAGAACAAACCUUGCUGUAGUCAUUUAAUGUGGAGCACUAAAGAUUUCAAGGAAUGGGCCAAGAAAGGUGAAAACCUUGUACCUGAUCAUAAGGCUCUAUCUCGAGCUAAUCUCAUUCUGGUGGGCUGCUUGACAGGCUACUCUGAAGACCAGCUACAGCAGGUUUACAAUGGAAGCUUAAACAUUAGAGAUGGAAGUGGAACCAUUUUCUGUGAGGUGUUAAAUCCAGAACUUGAAUGGCUCGAUGCUUUAAUGCUGUUCCCUGGUUGGAUUUUUAUCCCCCAGAGACCAGAUUACUUUGGGAGGAAAGUGGGUGGCUACCUUGAGAUCACUGAGCGUCCCCUACCCAUUGUCACUAGUUUGAAUGCAUCUAUUCCUCCAGAACCAGGAAUAGUCUCAGCACUUGAUUCCAACAAUGCAUAUUGGCUCCUGAUGCACAAGAACAAGUGGCAUGGCCUGAGGAUUGCAGUCUUUGGUACUCUUUCUCACCUCUGCCCCGUAUUGAAAAUUCAGGACAAGACAUUCUUCUACUUCAGACUACAAGGGCCACUGGCUGAGAGCAGUUCAACUGUACCUGUAGUUGUGACAGAAUGCGGAAAACUUUGCUGGCAUUACUUUCUACAGGUAGGAGAGGGGUAUCUCAUCACUGCUCUUCGCAUGUGCUUUCUGAAGACCACAGGUCAGAGGUUAUUUUGUGUAACACCAGAAUCCCGCUUCUGGCCUUUGGACAGUGCCCCACAAAUAUCUGAGAUCAGCUGGAAACUAGUAACGCACAGUUCGAAGGAGCGGAUUCCUGAGUUGAAAGAAGAGCAAGAGACCACUAUUGAAGAAUUACCAGAGUCACAAAGUCUUCUGAAAGAAAAUUGUAAGCAGACUUGCCAAAGGAAAAAAAUAUCCAAAGUAAUUUCAUAUAAGGGUGUGAUUACUCGAGUGCUAAAUUCGACAGCUGGUCUGUUUGAACUUGAUAGAGAAGUAGGCCUUUGCUUGGCAUAUCAACAGCUUGUGAAUGGUGGACAUGGUCUGCGUCCCGGAGCAAAGAUAGAGCUUCACCAUGUCCACUUCCUAUAUUGCCAUACAGAAGGGUUUCCAUCUGCAAUGCUGAGCUGCUGCUUACAUAGUACAAUAAAAGUGGCAGAGUUCAGCAGUCUGGAGUCUGAGUUCCAGCCUUUUACACAUGACAAGAACCUUUACAUCCAUGCUUUAGUCAAAGGAGAACUCGGCUUGCCAGAAUAUCUGUGGCUGUGCCGGACCAUCACUUCUCUUUCAGACAGGUUCUGCCCUAAGUAUGUGAAACCUGUCCAAAUGGCAUCCUCUUGGAAUGGAGUGGCUGGGCGAUUCUUGAGAGCAAGUCUAAUCAUUAAGGAAGCAAAUCAUAUUCAUUCCAGAGACAUUUAUAGAGAAAUGCUAGGGUAUCCACAUCACUGCCCUCUGCAGGAGUACAACACUUUUACACCCUCCUGGCAAGUCCCCACCAUUGCUGACUUGAAGACCUUGAUUGAGUCCCAAGGCUGGCAGUCUCUGUGUUUGAUUUCAUUGCCCCCUAGAGCAAAGCUUCAGCAUUUAACAAGCUCAGAACUCAACAUCAAUCUCUCCUGGUCUGUUUACACUUCUAGUUCCCAGAACCUAAAGAUUCCAGUUGUGCUUGUUGGGGUUCUGAAAUCAACAUACCGGAGCAGUUGUUUGCAGCUGGUAGACCAGACUGGAGAGCUAGACUGUGUAAUAAUACAAAAAUCUUUGAAAGGCGGUGACACAACGGCUCUAAAGGAAACAUCCUGGUCAGGUUGUCUCUUGAUGAUAAAAGAAUUCACAUUGGUAAUGGAACGUUUUUUAAAGACCAAUUUUCCCUCGUGGAAACAAUUAGAAGACCCUAAGUUUGUCCAGGAAAAGAAAAGCAGAGUUUAUGCAGUAUUCUGCAUAGAUGAUGCCUGUAUUCUUAGCCAUUCUACAGCAAUGAGUAAGCAUUUUGCCUUGACAAUGUCUUCGAAAAUUGAAAGUAAAUCUUCCCCUGCAAGUGAGCAAAGUAACGAUUAUAUCAAAUUUUCCAAAGAAAAAGAAAUGUUCUGUUCAAAAGAAAAUAAUGUAAAAGUUUCUGGGAAAAGAAAAGCUAAAUCCCUAAGGCAAUCUAUAGACAAUGAUGAACAUGAAUAUUUAAAUUCAAAGAAAAGAUUAAUAUCAUAUGACUGGGAAGACAGACUUGUACAACAGGAUACCAGUCAAGUUAAGGAACAGAGGAAUGUAGGAGCAUCAUCUGAGACCGAGACAACUAGAUGGGGGCCAAAGUCAUCAAAAAGAUGUGAAGAGAAUUUUUUGGAAUGUCAUAAUGUAGAACUCUCCUCCAGUGGAUCCUGUAAAUCUCUUCUGUUAUAUGUCAGUGGAAAGACUGGCCUUGGGUGGCGCAACAUUCACACUGAUAUUGUUACGAGGAAGGCUCGUUUGAGGAGGUGUUUCAGUGUAAAUGCAUGGCAAGUCACUCUCCCCAGAGUCUGGACCAGGAACCCACAAAACACAGUAGAGACAGAGGAAGCCGAGGAGCUUGCUGAAAAGACAAAAUGGAAGCCUGUUGAUCUGCAGUUUAUUGGAGUUACAUCACACUGGUUUCCUUUUAUUCAGCCUGGUAUUUUCUAUAGACUUGUUGCUCCUAACAAAUCUGACGAUUCAGCAUUUACUCAGUUUUACAGCUCCGGCCUCUUUGACCAGGUUCUUCACAAAUCAAAAUGCCCUGUGAUUAUCCCAGUUAAGAAAGACUGGCAUGUUUACUGCCUAUCUCAUCUUUACCUUUUGCAUCAGGGUGAAGUUGAUGUGGAAGAUGAGUUAUGCUCUGUUGCUGAAACACUGCUUGACAGGUCCAUCAGCUGUCUUGUGUCUUUUGCAUGUGUGAUUACUGAGCGCAUUAGUUUGGAAAAAGAAAAUAAGCCGCUUUCUGCCUCUCUAAUACAGGACACUAAACAGGGAGUACUGUCAGAAGAAUGUCUGAAAAUUCGGCUGACUGUCAGAGACAUGAAACUUUCUUCUCAAACUCUGCACAUUUACAUGGAUUUCUCUCAGAUCUGCUAUAUACCUGGUCUUGUACCUGGAGCUCACAUCUGCUUUUACAGGCUGGAGAGGAAAAUUUCAAGGUUUAACACAGUAUAUUGUUGCUAUGGCACUCUGAGUUCUUUGACAAUAAUGGGUUAUCAUUUCCUUGGAAACGAUGGAAUAGACCAUUAUAACGCCACAUCUGCAUUGGUGCACCUGGGUGACUGGGCCAGUGGUUUACAAAGCUGGAGACAAGGAAGAGUACUAUGCCAUGUAACUUGUGUUCUUUCUCUUGAGUUGAAGUGGAUGUGUUCUCUAUGUAGCAGUAUAUUUAAAGAGGGGCACUGCACCAGGGAGAACCCGGUCUGUAACUCUGAAAAUGGCGUCUUCAGUUCAGAAGCUAAGAUUGUUGUGGAAGAUGGCACAGGAGAAGCACAAGUUUUAUUUUCAGAUGACAUCAUCUCAGAGCUGCUGCAUUUGUCUGCUUCAGAGUGGGAUGGACUGCAGAAGUUGAUAAGGGUCAGAGGCCAUGUUAAAUAUGUCAACUUGGGAAGGAAUGCUGAGCACUGGGUUACUGAAGAGCGGGAGGAUCCUUUGCUGCACUUCCUAUCUGCUCUGUGUAGCAGCAGCCAUGUUUGUAGGGCUCUCAUUCUGACCUGCAAAAUGACUCCAUGGUGCAAGUCAACAGAACAAAGGAUGAAGUUGGCCAACCCUAAAAGGUUUUGUCGUGGAGAUCGGGAGUACCUGACUAAAAUUCCUUCUCCACUGCUGCUGGACUGCGAAAACCUUCAGGAGGCUGAUGGACUUGCCCUGCAGGAGCUACAGAAAGACCACUUGGCUUCAUCCUAUCAGAGAACCUCCAUAGCCAACCACCGCUAACCUUGCAGGAUCAAGAUGGACAUUUGUAGUAAAGUUGUCUGCCACUACUGGUCUUUUCACAGAGGCUUGUGUUAGUAACCUUUAAAUGUUUUCCCCUGUUUUAAAGUCACAUGCCAAAAUGUUACGAGUUAUUCAGAAUAAAUUAAACACAUUUAUUUUUCUUAAA